AUGUCCUUGGAUCAGAUGGUUGACUCUUUGCACUACAUCAUGAUGACCAAGCCGGUUGUUGACCCAGUGCCCAGGGAGUACAACUCAUACAUCUUACACUUGCUGGAGGGAUAUUGGAAUGUCCAGGAUCAGCUCAAGAAGACGAAGCAGGUUCUUGCAGAAGAGACGGAAACCAAGCAGCGCAGCCUCGAGGAGUUUACGAAAAUGUCGGACGAGUGGCAGGAGAAAGAAGCUGCCUUCCGUGCCGAGAUCAAACGUAUGGAGUUAGUGCUCGCCAAAAACGCCCCUGACGGCGUUGGUGCCGUAGUCCUGGCCAGGUCCGAGAGUGUUGUGGACAGGAGCGCCAGAUCCUCCAGGGUUUUCAAGGCCAGAAUUGAGAAGGUCAGAGGCAGUCCUGGCAAAGGUCAGUACUUAUAA